CAAUCCUUGAUUUGAGUUAUACAUAUAUAGAUUUAUACAGUAUAUAUUAAUAUCUAAGUAACCUAAUCUACUGUGUUUCAGGUAUGAGUGAAGCAGAAGGCACUCAUGUGUUCAGUAGUUCAGGUGAAAAUGUCACUCUGGCCUGUAUUAAUGCUCUUUCUGACUGCACCUCAACUACAUGGACCUACACCAAACCUAGUUCAUCAGCUGCAGUAGAACUGACUGAGGGAGGAAUAAAGAAGAAUAACAUAGCGAGCGCUGAGAGACUGAGUCUGGGGUCUGACUGCUCUCUGAACAUCUAUAAAACAACAGAAGAUGAUCAUGGACAAUACACCUGCCGACAAUAUGUGAAUGGACAAAAACAUGAAACUGAUGCACAGGUUUUUCUACAUGUUCUUUAUUUCUCUCCAUCAUCCACACAGACUGAGAUGAGAUCAGGCAGCUCUGUGACUCUCACCUGUCAGUUGUUUUCAUAUGAAGACUCUUGUGAUAGUUUGGUCCGUCCUGAUGAUCCUCAGCUGUUCUGGGUGAAUCAGGCUGAUGUUAAUCUACAUGAAGACUCCAGAUAUCAGAAGUUAUCAUCAGGACAAUGUAUCAGGACUCUGACUACAACAUUCCAGAAUGAAGACAACAACACAAAGUGGAGAUGUUUGGUUAAAAUGAAGAAUGAGAUUAAGACCUCAGCCAGCUAUACUGUCAAGUUUACAAGACCAACCAAGACAGACACAGUGACUGCAGUCACCACCAUAAACACUGAGAGACGCACAACUCUUAACUCACCAGUAACUGCUAUACAACACAGUCAAGCAUCAACUACAACAACACCAACAACACUAAAACAAGCUGUAUCAGUUUGUAAAAAAACAUCAAGUCCUACAGCACCAUCAGCUCCUAAACAACAAGUGCCUGUGAUUGCUGCUGUGGUUGCUGCAGUAGUUUUUCUCUUUGCUGUUGUCCUUCUUGGGGUAAUUUGUAUAAAAAGAUCAGGUUCAUUCUGCUGAUACUGUAAUUUGCCAUCAGAGGAAAAAAGUUGAAAUCCAGGAGAACUGCAGAGAAAUUUAUGUCUCUAUUAAAAGAUUUAAAUGACUAUAUGAAUUAAUUACUGUUUGUAUGUAAAAUGUGACUAGGAUUUGCCAUUGUAGGUUUUGUAUACUGUAAAUUUUAUGUUGCGUCAGUCCAUUUUGUAACCGUUUAGUCAAACUGCCUCUUUCCAAACUACUUCUAUGUUUGAGAUAAAACUGACAGUUCUGUAGUAGGGGAGACCGGGGUUGGUUGUCACAAUUUUGCAUGAAUUGCUCAUCUUCAAUUUUCUUCAAUUCUUACAUGAAAUGAAAACUUGGGUUCUUGGCUUUAAAUGUGUAUACUUUUUACUUUUAGAAUGUAUUGUAACAGGUCCUAUAGAGGUUCAAUAGGAUUUCAGUGAUAAAUUGGGAUCUGAAAGAUAAUGUGUAACUUUUUAGUUUUUUAAGCUAGAAACUGCAAAUAAGUUUUAAUAUAAAUACCACCCCUAUGAUAGUUGUCAUCAAUGCCCCUUAUGUUUAAACAAUGGGAUCAAAGUGGGUGAUCAUCAGUUACUUGAAUUGUUACUGUGUUGAGAAAUAAAAUGAAAUAUUUUUAGUGCUAAAACCUCUUUAUUAUCGUUUCAGUAUGUAAGUUGCAUAACAGCAAACAAAAACAAACAAACAGACUUAAACAGUCUUAAAAGGUCUACAUGUCCAAAACUCUUAACAAUCUACUGAACUAAAGUAGGAAGCCCUGCACAGCACAGGCUGUGCUUCAUUCAGAGUGACAAGAAUCACAGUUGUGACAAAUGUAUGCCCCUGCAAACAACAGCAAACAAAAACAAACAGAACAACAGUCUUAAAAGGUGUGACAACACAUGUGACAACCAACCCUGCAAGCUAUGAGACAACCAUCCCCAACUGACUUCUUGACAAACAUGCUAAGCUAGUUGCCAUAUGGCUUUAACUUGAUAGCUAAAAGAUGACUUAAAAUAAGGCUACUACUUUUGGCUUUUUAAUGAGUGUGUUUUUUUUUUUUUUUUGAAUGAACAACACCCACAUGAAAAUUUACUCUGACCCAUGAAAAUAAAAAAAUUGUCUCCUCACCUCAAUGUUUUGUGUCUGCUCAGCAAAAUUAGUAUAAGCUAUCAAAGCCUAACAGAUUGAUAUAAAUAAUUGUACCACAGCACCAUCUAGUGUGUCUGGAAUAAGCAAUGUGAC